AACAUGACUCGAGUCAUGUGAUGCGACAAUAUAAAUAAGGAAGUUUAAAUCCAUGUGUGAAAUAUUUCAGUCGUAAGUAACUUUCCAUCUGCAAUUAAUCGUAAUGAAGUGUGGCGGUACUGCCGAGGCGAAGGAUGCCACACCCGAAGUGCAGCAAAUCUGCGAUGAGAUGAAGCCAUAUGCAGAGGAGAAAGCUGCAAAGAAGUUUGACGUCUUUGCUGCCAAAACAUUCGCAACGCAAGUUGUGGCUGGGACCAACUUCUUCAUUAAAGUCCAUGUUGGUGGAGAUGAAUUUGUGCACCUGCGGGUCCAUAGAACUCUACCCCAUGCUGGUGGGAAACUGGAGCUUCAUGGCGUACAGACAUCCAAAGCUCAACAUGACCCCAUUGGUUUCUUCUGAUUACCUGUAACUCCCUGCAGGGGAUGCCACACCUCUACUCCAUGCCUGGAUCAUGUGUACCCUUGUUUAUUAUGGUCACCUGUAUUGUAUACUUCUGGUGUUAAAUGUCUGUCUUUUGUACUAAAAGCUGUCUACACCUUUGACUAAAUGGCUUUUGCUAGAACAUAAAUACAAAUUUGACAGAA